GGGAAAACGAAGAGAGAGAAACAGCGAGCGAAAAACAGAGAGAGAGAUGGUGAGAGAGAGGUCGAGUAACGACGACUUGCAUAGCUUGCUGGAAGCAAUUACAUCUUCAGAUGUUGUUGAGAGCCGCGUUCAACUUCUUAUCAAACUCGAGGAGUUGGGGAUAUCUGAGAAAUCUGAAUUGGGUUCUCUUAUUGAAUCCCUAAUAAUUUUCUGGGAAGACUUCACAUGCUUGGACAUUUCCCAGUGCAUGUUAAAUAAAACUAUUUUGCAUGUAGCUGCAAAAUAUCUUGAGUUAGACAUAUCAGGAUGUCUACGGCACUUUAUUUCUCUUGGUAUCAAGGCAAGCAUAUGGUGUGGAAAGCAUUUGAAGAUGACACUUAUGUCGACUGAGGAGUCUCAAGAAGAACAUUGCAAUCUCUUUUUCCAGUUGCUUGUGGAUCUGUUGAGGUACACUGCUGCUAGUUUUUCAGCUUUAGCAAGAUAUCCUGUUUUAGACGACAAGGAGUUGAUGGUUACAGUUGAGAAAUUCACAUUUGAACUGUUAAAUCUGACAAAUAGUUCAAUAUCAGAAAUCAAGAGAAUUCAUGAAUUUGGUUCGGAAGUACUGAAAGUGGGACAGCAGGUCCUUGAUGCUGUCAUACGUCUAUGCAGGGUGUAUUCCAAUGCUGUAAACUGGGAUUUCCUUGAUGCAAGAACUGAGAAAGAUAAAAAUGGCUCAGAUUGUGAAGAGGCUGAUAAAGCGAAUCAUGUUAUCAGCAUAGCAAAAUGCACUGUAAAACAAUUGUGUGAAUUGGGAGUCCUAGCAGCUAAUGAUGGUGGGAGUCUAGUGAGUGUGCUUAAUUUGUCAUGGAAAGGUGUGGUAACACUGCUUCAGCUUGGGAAGGGGGCUUUAGCCAUAAAAUUGGAUGUGGCAAACAUUAUUCUGACUCUAAUUUCACUGGCCAAUGAAUCUUUGAGAUGUGCAGCUGAAACUUGGUCUUCUUUGCUAACAGAAACAGUUUCUGUGCAAGAAGCAAAAAGGAUAUUCCUUCCUGUAAAAUUUUAUCUGAUUAAUGCAGUAAGAAUAUCCUCCCAAUACCCAUGCCAGGCAUUUUCAGCAUUCAAAGAUAUAACACUCUGUGUCUUGAUGAUCUCCACGUUUAGAAUCUUAUUGAGUAAAGAAGAACUUUUGAAAUCUGCGAGUGAAGUAUUGGCAGAUCUCUUGGAACCUGCAUCCUUCCAUUUACUGAACUCUUUAUUAAAUUCAGCUCAACUGAAACAAGAGGACAAGUUCCAAAUUCUGGACUGGUUGUUCCAUGAUGAAGAUGAUUCAAAUUUUAUCCCUGGAGAUCCAAGUAAUAUCCAUAGAACUUCUAAGAUGGAUGCUAUCUUCUCUAUAAGUAGUGACAAUAUGCAUGGGGAAAAAGUAUUAUUGCUUGGUCGGAUUGCCUUAUUUCUUAAUCUUCUGAAAACUGCUCCUGAUCUUGAAGAUGAUGUAAGACUUGGGAUCACUAGAAAGCUUGGGUGGCUUCUAAAUAUUUUAGCCGAUGAAGAGGUGUAUUCUUGGUGUCUUAUUUUGCAAAUUCCUAUACUAUGUGGUUCUGGUAAAACUCCAGAGCUAGCUUAUCAACCUAUGUUCUUUUCUAUUCUGCAUGCACUGAAAACCUUCAUGAUUGUCGUCUCUUCAAGUUUAGCUUGGAGGGAAAUGGAGACUUUCCUUCUCGAAAAUUUCUUCCAUCCUCACUUCCUUUGCUGGGAGAUUGUUAUGGAUCUUUGGUGCUUUAUGGUGCGGCAUGCUGAGGUAGAAAUGGUGAAUGCCAUUAUUGAUAAACUUUGCUUACUAUUGAGGUCUGUGGCAUCUUCAGAAUCGGUUCUGAUUCCUGGUAGUGCUCUACGAAAAAUCGCAAGAUCAAUUUGCAUGCUUCUCACAUAUGUUUCACAAUCUACAGUAGAUCAAGUCUACAGUGAAAUUGUUGGCAGUAACAGAUCUCAGUCGUCAUCCAUUCUGUUUGUAGCGUUGCUCAUGGAAGGAUUCCCGCUAAAUUUGCUUUCUGAUAGAAUGAAAAGUAUUGCUACAAAAAGAAUUUUAAUUGAAUACUUCGAGUUCAUGGAGAGCUUUGAUGAUGUAUCAAUUAGAGGGUGUGGUUCUGGUGUGUUUGGUGCACCAGUGUUUGCUCUGUCUGCUUCCCUGCGGUCUCUUCAGGACAGCAUAUCUGAUAUUGACAUGAAGACCCUGAGAUUUCUAGUUGUUGUUAUUCGUAGCUAUGGAAAUACAGUGGAUAACGUAAUGAAAGACCAUUAUCGUAAGCUUCUGAGUGAAACUCUAGGAAUCAUCUCAAAUGUGAAGCAUCUAUAUGCAUCAGACGGGAUGGAAGAAGUCAUUUUGGAGCUUCGUAAUCUUUUUAUCUCUGGGCCUGUGGUCUCAGAUACUCGACUGUAUCAAUGCAAACCAAGCCUUGCCACUUUCAUGGCUGGCCUUGGUCAUAUUGAAUUGGCAGAGAAUGAUAAUAGUACAAAGAGCUCAGCUGUAUGGGAGUUGUACCACAUUUUAUUCAGAGAGCAGCACUGGGCAUUUGUUCAUUUGGCAAUCACAGCCUUUGGAUAUUUCGCCGCCCGUACUUCUUGCGUUCAGCUCUGGAGAUUUGUGCCACAAAAUGCAGCUCUUUCAUUUGAUUUAGAGUCAGGGAAUGAGGCAAACGAAGAGAGAUUUAUGUCUGAGUUGAAGACAUUUCUGGAGAAGGAAAUGGCUCUUCUUACAGUGAUACCUAGCACUGAUCAACUUCAAUUGCUUGUAAAGGAAGGUCUGAAGCUAAAAGAAAUGAUUCGGAAAUGUCAAACUAUUGAUCUGGGUGUUAUAGAAAAUGAAACCAUGGAGAUUGACGUUGAAAACCAAGCCAAUAAAAGACGGAAACUUCCUGAUGGAAUUAACCAAGGGGUGGAAUUGCUGCAGAGCGGUUUGAAAAUUAUUUGUGAUGCUCUUCCUCAUUUGCAGCAAAAUCAUUUUGACUGCUCUGAGCUUCAUGACAAGUUCUUGAUUCACUUUUCACACCUUGAAGAUGAGAUUGGCCAUUUAGUUGGCCUAGCUGGUACCAGCUAAUCACUGUUUUCAGCCCAUACUGGAGAACAUUCAAAUAUGCUGAACAACUGAAAACUGGUAUAUAUAAAGUGCUCAACAGUGGAGUCGCUUACCUUAGCUUGGGGUAUUGUGAGCAUCCUCUAUGAAAUCCCAGGUACACUGACUGCCCAUUGGUCAUCACCAGGCAACGAUCUUUGGCACGAAAAGCAUUCCUUACGCGGGUUAUUUCACCUGGAAUGUGAACAUAGUCGUCGGCAAAGAUGAAGCUUACUACUGUGACCUGACAUCAGGAAGUAUGCACGGCCAGUUUGAUUUGUUUGACAGCAAAAGAGACGAGUAGCGAAAGGUGUGGUAUUAAGAAUUUCAAGUGCUUUUGGAAGGUGAGAGAGGAUGGUUUAUACUUUUUCUUGACUAGUAGGAAUGAGUAUGUGUUACAGUACAAGUGGCAAUAGUAGUGAAGAUUGUGUGUAGAAGUUAGAACUUUAUAUGCGUGGAAAUGGUUCUGCAUGGUUUGUUAAGUUGAUGCAGCUCUAGCAUUUUUCUAUUUUUAGAAGUAAAAAUAAGUCAUUUAUUUUAUAUUAUACCUUGUUUGUCUGGCACCUAUGAAGCAUGGAUGCUUUGAAAAA